AUGAACUCAACUCCAAGUCGCUAUGACCCAAUUGCUUGGGAGGCUUAUGGAUGGGCCCAUGGAGACGAAAGUCCCUCUACAGGCCCCUCUUCCGGCACAGUAGCCGCUCGAAAUCUGCAGACUCGAAAGUAUCGUGCUACUCAAAUUCGCGGCCCUUCCACUCGUGAUGUGCAAAUAACUGUAUCUCGAGACAAGUUGGAUGUACAGGCCUCCAAGUUACCGAAGAUCUUCCGCGGUGGUUCAAAAUCUCUAACAAUUCCCAUGUCCUACGUCCUAGAUUGCGUUAUCUGCUCAUCAAAUGCUGCAGCAUCCGGUGACUUGUCCAUCAUGCCUUUCAACAAGGUUCCCUUCGUCAUCUCCUAUCUUAAGCCCCCGUCGAACGACAAGUCCGGAAACGAUAAUAUGCCUCAGUCCUCCUCCGUGGAGGGGUGCAAACAAGGUGACGGUGAAGAUAAGCUUGUGUGCAAUUUCACCCUGGAGGAUGUAGUCCGACUGGAAUUUGAGGCUCAGUGGAGUUCGGCGCGCGCCAUCUUCAAUCAAAUCAAGGUGAUUCUCUCCUGCUGUCCUUCGCAACUUCGUGACGAUUAUGUCAACCUUCGACUUGCUCCCGCGACAAUUUCGCAAUCUUAA